CCGGACAGCUCUGACCUGUCAUAAGCUGGUCCCCCUCCCGCCUCGCCAUUUUCCCCUCUCAUCCCUUCCUCGCACAAUAGCCUGACGUCUUCUGCUGUGCCAGAUUCCCAUUGUGCGUCUUCUCGUCAUUACACACGGUUUGCUACCUCCUCCCCCUACCUCGUAGCAUAACGACCUCGACCUCGACCUCCCAGGCCGCCAUGGCGUCCUCGGCCAAACCCAGCGCCGAUCCCACUUACCUCCAAGUCCUCAACUCGCUCCAGCUCGCUCUGCGCAACUCCAACCUCCCACAAGAACAACGGGAGCAACUAUGGUUACAAGCUACCUCCGCAAUAUCCACCCGCCGAAGCACACCUUCUUCACAGCUUCGUCAAGUACCACGAUCCAUGUCUGCGUCGAGCACCUCAAUAUCUUCUCAGAUCCAAACCGCAGACGCCAUUGUAAUGGACCGCACUCGUUCCGCACCUGCCGCCUCUCACAGGCACGAUAUAUCUUCGUUUUCUGCUCCCAGCGGUGACGAUAUGGGCAUGCUUGCCCAGCGCAGCUUCUCCUCCUUGCCCACCUCGCAAUACUGCAGUGAUAUGGAGUCUAGCAACUACACCCUCUAUUCACAUGCCACAGCCCUCCGACGUCAACGCUCUCUGCAACCCAUUCAUGAGCAAACAGCUCUGGGCACCGACAGCGUCGUCGAGUAUCAGCCCGCAGACUACGUGAGCACGCACAUCGAGCCUCUGGGCUCCUCUGCUCUCCCCCUGAACCCCCACCUCGACGUAGAUCAUCUCCAUCUACAGGUUGACCCACUAAUUCAAGAUGCACAGUCGUGGUGUCCGCCGCUUGACGGCUCCCUCUCCCCGGGCAUUGCAUCCACGGGCGCCCUCACACCGUCUACUCCAUCUAGUAGCAGCAUGAGCCGGCGCACCAGUUGUAAUGCCCAAUUCCUCGAUUCCAUGUCUAUGCUUCGUCUUCCGUCUUCUGAUGCUAGUGGCUUUGAACCGCUCCCUACUGAGGACGGUUCGUUUCUUCUUUUUCCUCUCGAUCCUGUUAAUUCGAGUGCUAUCAGCGGUUGCGGUGAUAGUCUACUUUCUUCUUCCAGUUUCUCUUUCUCUUCAUCCUUGGUUGGCAGUGACAAUCAAGUGUUCCCUUUUUCUUCUGCGCAACAGUCUGCUCCAAGCGUUUCCCCGCUUGGAGGAUUUCAAGAUCAGUGUCUGUCAAAUGGCUUGAAUGCCAAUCUUGAAGAGCAGCAUCAGUCAAAUGGUAUGUCAAGAAACAUGCGGAGAUCGUCAUCGAACUCCAGCAACAACGAAAACGGCACAUCAGCAAGACGCACAGCUAACUCUUCGACCGACUCCUACCACCCACGCCCCAACCUCUCAGCAACAACCCACGCCUCUACCUCCCGAAGGAUCGCACCAAAAUCAACAACGCCACCGACCGCCCCCCUCCCGCCAGCACUCCCAAACCCGGCCAACACGUCACUCCCAUCGUCAACUUUAACACCACCCAACAUCACAAUCCAACAGCAAGCACCCACCGCCCUCCCCAUACCCAUACCCAAAACUCCCUACCGCCGCCCCGCGCACGCCAAACUCCUCUGCCCCCACUGCAACCAACGCCCCUCGGGUUUCCGCGGCACCCACGAACUCGACCGACACAUUGCGCGUGCUCACUCGGUCCAGCGCAAGGGCUACAUCUGCAUCGACGCUUCCGACUCCGGUACUUUUCUCGCAAACUGCAAACAUUGCCGAAAUGGGAAGGUGUAUGGUGCGUAUUACAAUGCAGCGGCGCACCUGAGACGAGCGCAUUUUCAUCCUAGGAAGAGGGGGCGGAAGGGAGUGGCGAAUGGGGCCCCAAAUGGGAGGGGGAAGGGGGGAGAAGGAAGGGGCGGCAUGGGGGGUGGGGAUGAUCCGCCGAUGGAGUGGUUGAGGGAGAAGUGGAUAAGGGAGGUGGAUGUUUGUGAGGAUGGGAUGAAGUAUAACGAUGAAAGUGAUGAGGCCGAUGGCGUUCGGGUCGGGGAUGAGGCUGCUGCCGUGCCGCAAAUGAUGAGGGAGUGUAGUCGGAGCGUGGAAAACGGGUAUGAGUAUUUCUCAACGACUCAGAGUACACCACAACAGCUGGCUGGUGUUGCACAGGAGGAGGAGUGGGAUUUCGGCGAGUUUAUGGCAUUGUGACGUUCGUUAUACCAUAAUAGCUUUACCACUUGUUUUUCGUGCAUGUAGAUUGCUAUAAUGUUGUAACGCUUUGAUAUAUAAUAGUCGAUGUAAUCUCUCACGGAC